AUGCAUUCACCGUCACCUCAGCUUCUACGUGCUCUACGGACAACGCUCUUGAGCGUGCAUGCUCGCGGCUCUUUGCGCGGCGUUUCUCGAUUGCCGACUGCGGUCACAACCUUCAACGCGCCGUCAUCAACUCGCAACAGCAGCUCGCAUAUCCAGCCAGCCCGCAUGAUCCCUCGAUCGCACACACACAAGCCCACUACUCACGACCGAGGCCCAGAGUCCCAAGAGGAUACGCAGACUGACUUUGGCACACUCGAUGUCCUCGGAAACACACCGGUCCCGAGCACAGCCAUCGACGCCUGCUUAGAUUCCGGUUUUCAUCUCAACAGUGGUGUGAAAAUAACUGGCGGGGAUGCUUUGCUUCUUGUGGGUGGAGAAGCCUUUUCCUGGAGACCGUGGAAGGCUUUUGAGGACAUGCUCAUUCUCGGCCUGGGUGGCGGCAUGUACCCUCUGUCGCCAGCGACGAAGCGCCACAUCAACUCAUUGGGUAUUCGGGUCGAUAUCCAGGAUACGAGAAAUGCAGCAGCACAGUUCAAUCUACUGGCCACAGAGCGUGGUGUGUCCGAGAUUGCUGCGGCAUUAAUCCCCAUCGGAUGGAAGGGUUAA